AUGAACCGCCAACGCCGCCAGCGUCCGCCGCCCGACGCGGGCCACCGCCACGGGCACACGGUCAACGAUAACAUCCGCCCGGGCAUGCGCGUCGCCGUCGUGCAGAAGCAAGAUCAGCCGACGGGCAAGCUCACGUACGGUACCGUGGCGACGACCUUGACCAACUCGGCGCUGCACCCGCGGGGCAUCAAGGUCCGCCUCACGGACGGCACCGUCGGGCGCGUGCAGACGAUUGUCAACGGCGAGGCGCCCGAGCCUGCGCCCGAGCCUGAAGCUGCCCGUCCGUCCUCGCGGCUCCACCUACAAGACUUUAUCCAGGCGCCGUCGCCCGCGAAACUGCAACUGCACGACUUCAUCGAGUACCCGGCGACAACCUCGACGCCCGAGUGCGACGCGCGCCCGUGGGCCUGCACUGCGUGUACGUUUGCGAAUUCCGGUUUCCUCGUCGUCUGCGAGGUGUGCGAGACGCCAAAGACGCUGUAA